GUUUCACUCUGUAAGAACUCCAAAUCAUUCUCUCCUUACAAUGUGAGCACAGUUCAUUUUAGAACACACCUCAAAUGUGGAGGGUGUAAAAUGUAAUUACACUCUAAUUAUAUGGGCGUCUUGAGUGAAAACAAUUAGCCAAAUCACUGUUCCUCGUCGAAAUCAUCCCAUUUUAACAUGACAUGGUGUACAAUGUUGAAUUGUAAAAUCCAAUUGUGGCCUUCGUGGGUGAGAGAGAGAGAGAGAGAGAGAGAGAGAGAGCACAAUUGAAAGCUGAGAGAAAUGGCGGGAGGAGUCGGCGGAGGAGGCGACGGAGCCACCAGUAGCAAGAAGGGAUUAGAAGGCACGGGCUUGGAUUUACCAGAGAAUCGCCAUGGCAACCUAAAGAGUGCUUCCAGCGACCAAAACCUUAAAGACCUCCUUGUUCAAAUCAAGUCCUGCAAAUCCCCUGCAGUCAUCAAUUAUGGUGCAUCUUGGUGCCGUGUGUGUAGCCAGAUCCUUCCUGCAUUCUGCCAGCUGAGUAACAGUUUCCCAAAGCUCUCUUUCGUCUAUGCAGACAUUGAUGAAUGCCCCGAAACAACACAGCACAUUCGCUACACGCCCACCUUCCAUUUCUACCGGGAUGGCGAAAGGGUUGAUGAGAUGUUUGGUGCUGGAGAAGAGCGGUUGCACGAUCGCUUGUGGUUACAUUCGUGAAACGAGACAUGUUAGGGAUAAUUGCUUCAAACUUUUUGCUAUGGGUGUAGUCAUCCAAGCUAUUACAUUAGUUGUACAAUGAACUUAUGAUUUAUGAUAUCUUUGAUGUUCCAGAA